GCGUGUUGCACGUUUGUUGCAGUUUUGCGCCCACAAAUCGCUCUCGCCACGUGACGCCACAACACCGACGAGGGCAGGCGAGAAGGACGCAGGCACGCUGGAGCAAGUAGCGGUGCGUGACGUCGUAGAACAGCCAGCAGAACAGUCGCCAUCACCGCACAGAAUGGAAGAUGACGAGUACGAGUCUCUGCCACCAACAGCAGGGCCAGCCAUCCACAUGGUCGCAGGUGCGGCCGCGGGCAUGCUCGAGCACACAGCCAUGUAUCCUUUUGACGUGGUCAAGACGAGGCUUCAGAAGGUGAACCCGCAUCCUGGAGGAACAUACAAGGGCAUGGCGCACUGCAUGUCCACCAUGAUCAGGACAGAAGGAACGACCUCGCUGUUCAGAGGGAUCAACGCCGUGUUACUUGGCGCUGGUCCGGCGCAUGCGCUCUACUUCAGCGUCUAUGAGCGCGCGAAGAAGGCCGUCCACGCCGACGGCUCAAAACCUGCAGCAACAGCCUCUGCCGCCGUUUGUGCUGCGUUUGCCCACGACGCAUUCAUGAACCCCGUUGAAGUGGUGAAGCAACGGAUGCAAAUGUUCCAGAGCCCUUACACAAGCAUCUUCCAGUGCAUCAAGGCGGUGGCCGUGAACGAGGGAAUCGGCGCAUUCUACAGAUCGUUCACGACGCAGCUGCUGAUGAACAUCCCCUUCCAGUGCACGUAUCUUGUGACGUACGAGUCGUCGCGCCGCUACCUCAACCCCACCGGGCAGUACAAUCCAACCGCUCACCUGCUGGCGGGUGCACUCGCGGGCGCCACUGCCGCCGCCAUCACCACCCCAAUGGACGUGGCAAAGACGUACCUCAACACACAGGAGCUGUGCAAAGGCGCGCAGGCGAGCGCAGAGCUGACACACACAAGCUCGCGGUACCUCAUGGGCAUCGUCGUUGCGUGGAGGGCCAUCCACGCCGAGCUUGGAUAUGCAGGCUUCUUCCGAGGCGUUACGGCGCGCGUGAUUGCAGCGACGCCGGCUGCAGCCAUCUCCUGGUCCGUGUACGAGUUCUUCAAACACAGUCUAUCGUUAGUAAAGGAUGCUUAGGCAA